GUAAGAUCUCUCCCAGGCUGUGCUGAAGCGGCGGCGUGGGGACCGCUGUGUCUGUCCGGACCUCAAUGUCGGACCGGUUUCACAUUGAGCCAAAAGGUAGUUAUAAAUUCCCGGUGUAAUCCAUUGAUUUUAAUCGCGGACACAUGGUAAUAGAGCUAAAAAAUAUAAGCUUUAUGAUUAAUCUUUGACGUCAGAGGCGCGUUGAUCACACGCGUUAUUUUUUAAAGAAUUGUUUUGUUGCAUGAUUUUAGAUCAAACGUAUUUAAAUCACCUGGAAGAAGAGGAUGGAUAUCACCGUUGACUGACGACUGUUAUUAAGAACAUGGAGACAGUGUCCAUGGUCCAGGCCGUUUCAGCAGUAUGAUUGGAGCAUCUGGUCUUUCAGGGGACACCCUGAUAGCAUGCCACUUCCCUGUGGUCCAGCUUUCCACUUGGCAACUUCCUCUCCAGGCCCUGUGCAGCUCGGCCAAGAGGCCCGGCCGGCUGUGCUCAGUAGGUCUGACCCGAGCUCUGUCCCUCCCAGAGCAAGACUCACUGAACCAAGAGCACGCCUUUGCACGAAGACGUGUUUCUAACAGCUACGGUAGUCUCAACGAGGACCGAGCCGAGGAGGAAGGGGGCAUUGACAGCAGCGGGAGGUACGACUCCAACUCAUCACCAGAGGAGACAAGUUCCCAUCUUAAGAAGGAAAGCUCUGGAGCGAGAGACAGUCUGCGGUCACACAACUCCUUCCUUCCCAAAACAGGGUUAGAUGAGGAUGAGGAAGAUGAAGAUAAUGGUGGAGAUAAUCUGCACAGAUAUCAUGAGGACUCCUCUUUUGUGUUGCAUGGAAAUUCCAACUGGCCUCUAAAUGAUGGUGCCAACAAUUAUACAAUGGCCCAAGGGGACAUGGACAGCAAAUGGGGCAAUGAAGGGACCGGGUUGGGUACUGAGAGUGACCAAGAGUGGCUCUCUAAUCAGCCUCACCUGCCGGACUCACUGCAGACUGAAUGCCGGUGCUCCUGUGUGAGCAGAUCUGGCAUUGCAUUGAUGGCUUAUGAAGAGCAGGACUCAGACAGACUGAUAGAUAACAUGUCCUGUAGCAUCUUCAGCCAACACAAAUGUUCCCCAGAGCUGUUCUCCAACACUCACACAGAGUAUGUCAGCGACUCUUCCUGUAACAGCUCUGAUGGCGUCUUGGUUAACUUCUGCACUAUCUAUAACCGGAGCAACAAACCUGCCACGCCUAAUGACCUCAGCAGUCCCGCAAUUCACCCCUGUCAGUCAUCUGAGGGAUCUGUGUUCCUUAACCUCCAACCAGUUCCUCAGACUCCAGCCAAGGACUUCCAACAUGAUGACAUGACAGUUAAGUGUCCCCCUAAAGAGGAGAUUGACAUGUCCCCCUCUGCUUCCUGCUGGUCUCCUCAGGGCCUUGACUCCAACUGCAAUCUUUACUCCCUGGAGCCGCUUCCCCCGGGUCUGUCCUCACUGGAGGUAUCAGACCUGGCCGCCUGUCUCCAAAGCCAGGCAACUUUGGCCAUGGGGACCAACCAGAAGUACUACAAGCUUGUAACUUGUGACCUUUCCUCCCAGUCGCCCAGUCCAGCCUGGUCCAGCGUCACCAGCUGCCCCGAGGGUCAGAUCAGAAGUAGCCCCUUCCCUCCCUCUGAGCACCUCUUUAAUGAUCAUAUGAAGGAAGGACAAUACAAAGAAGUCAAGAAGCAUCAGGAGAUUGAUGAAAAGACGUUCUCCUACACACAGUGCAGUGCUGGAUUUGACUGCUCUCAGUUUCCGACCAAUGAUUACCAAGUUGCUACCACCUCCACUGAAGAAACCCUCUUCAGGAAGAAAUAUACACGAAGCAUCCAAGACCUCUUCGACACGACCUGUUCAUUGUGCCCCAGCCAUUGUAGCCCACAUAGCAGUAAAUGCCAAAGCACAAGCGUUGUGUCUACACAGCCAUCUAUGAUUCUGCACCAGGAGCUUUGUGAUACUGAGAAGGGAGCAUUUUCAAUGGAAAAUGCAGUGGUGCGCUACGGAAAAGCCCAGAGGCCAACCUCGCUGCCCAUCCAGCCCUUUGUUCUGGUCCCCACAGGCCAACCCCGGACCCAACACUUGGGCUGUCUUCUAGAGCAGUACAUAAAUCAGAAGAGCAGCAAGUCGGGUAGCUCCCAACCAGGCCUCAAGUUCAAGGGCAAACACAGUCAAUGCUUUUCUAAUCUUCAGUCAUCACCGAUGGGCAACCACUGCCCUAUCUUCUUGGAGGCUCCUUCGAGCUCUGACACCUGCUCCACCUGCACACCGAGUCCAGAGUGCUUCAGCCGCAGAUGUGCAUGGAGCCAGUCCAGCAGAAUCCAAGCACACCAAAGUCCAUGUACAUCAAAAAGCAGCCUGAAUCCAACUCAAAGCAGGUCAAAGCCCACACUGGACCAAGAGCAGGAUGAAACAAGCCCGUACUCAGGCAAAACUCAAACUACCAAUUUUUUAAACCUGUUUUCAGCACCAAAUCGGUCCAAACUUGUUAAAAAUCCUACCUACCAGGACCUUGUUACCCUCGCCCCUGAGCAGAGCCAUACCAACACUGAGCUUAAAAGUCCCAAUAAGACCCACACCUCCCACCAUCCAGUAUUCUCUCAUACACCACCCACUUUACUCUUAACCGCUGACGCUCAUCACCCAAACUUGCAGGUGUCCCUGUCUCCUCCCACAACCGUACAACCAAAAAACAAGUUCCCUCAGUACCGAGCUGCACCUGCAUCUGACUCUGUCUUUUUUAACAAUAGUUUUACAGCUGCCCUCUCCUCGGUUGCUCCACUUUCCUCUUUGAGUUGUCUGCUUUCCUUGGCGUCUGGGCCGCAAACACAGGAGUCCACAGGGCUCAGUGGGAAGCCAAGUCAGAGUCAUCCAAGUGAAUCUCUGAUCCUGAGUGACAGGCCGCCCACCGAGUUCUGUCUCUCACCUGAUACAUCUUAUGAGUCCAUGUCUAUCAGCCAUCUUCAAAGGAGAGGUUUGCUGAGGUCUGUGAGCACAGCGGUGGAUUUGAUCAUGGCUCAUUUCGGCAGCAGCAGAGACCCUGACGAAAAGAUGCGUUUGGGUAACAGCUCUUGCAGUCCCACAAUUGCCGGUCUGGCCCUGGAACAUCUGUGUCCAGCAAUUCAAAAUAUUUUAGAGGACGGUCUUAGGGAUCACAAACUGGAUUUUAUCAUCGGACAGCGCCGCAACCACUCCUGGAGCGUGGUGGAGGUCUCUACCAGGAUCGGUAAAUGUCCAUCUACCAGGGUCCUCCACACCCUGAUCUCAAAAAUCACACAAUGUCCCCAGCUCAGCAGUCACUGUAUGAGACUAAGAGCCUUCAUCAUGGGCCUGCUUAACUUGAGAGCUUUGGAGUUCUGGCUCAGUCACCUUCAGAGUCAAAAAGAUGUGGUGACAACAUACUACCAUUCUUGGGGGUUCCUGUCCAUGUCACUGGGUCAGUGUCAGCCCUUGUUUCAGGAGCUUCUACUUCUGCUGCAGCCGCUGUCUGUGUUGCCGUUUGACCUCAACUUGCUCUUGGAGCCCCGACUGUUACGUAACAGACAGCUUUGUGUGGAGGAGCAGGGUGUUUUUCCGCCUCCGCCGUGCUCAGCCCUCCUAGUGACCAGCUGGCCACUACUGCAAGCUGACAAAAAGGUAGCGAGCAGCUACAGUCAGCAGACUAAAAUUUCACACCAGACCGGUCCGCAUCUCCAAGAGUCUCUCAGUUCUAAGAAUUACAUCAGGCAAGAUUGCGGAGGGAUGCAGACAAACAGGAGUCCAUUCGUAGCGCCUAUUCCAGAGUGGUGGCAAAGAGAGCCUGACCUUAUGGAUGGUGUGAUUGAAGGGGAAGACUGUAGCCAGAAUUAUGUGGAUAAUUGGUCUCAAAUAAGUAUGGACAGUAGGCAAGAAGAGAAGAGUGGAGAGAAAGACAAUGAGACCCCAGUUACAUCUACUUGUGUCCAAGCUGAGAGUCCAUGUCAGGGUGCGCUGCGCUGGGCCAAACUGUUUGGAGCAGCUGAUAUGUCCACCAGGACAGAGACAGAUUCUCAGUUUCACAGUGGAGCACAAACCAGAAGGUACAGGCGACCAUCACAAUGGCUGCAUUUUGACAGAUCGCAGCUUGGACUGUUGGCUCAAUCCAUCAGGUCAUUGAAGCUAGGAGGAACUCAGACUAAGAAGGACUGCUGAAAACUAAACUCUCUGUGGGUGGAGGAGAGAGUGGACCCCAUUUCCUGUAAUAACAAAAAGUCUUAACUGCAUGAUAAUACAUACACAGUGCUGAACUAAUCAGAAAGCACAUAAAAUACAGGAUUAUUAAAAAAUAAAAAAUACAAGCCCUUAGGCUAUACAUCCAACUUUGCGUUGCACCAGCUAUUCGUAAAUCCAUUGCUAAGUUUGUUUGUCGUUUGUAAGUGCUUAGUAGGCUAACUAUUAGCUAAUUUCAAAAUAAAUCCGGUUGCACCAUUAAAACUAAAGGAAUGUCUUAACUAGUGAAGAUUUUAGUCAAGGCAACAUCUGCUGCGCUGUCCAAUCAAAAGCAAACAACUAUGUAAACAGGAAGUUGCUGUAACAUCACAAGCUAUAGCAUAACUGGCAAAAAUAACCAUUUUAUGGUCAAGUCUAAACAUUAAGUCUGUUUACCAUUUGUAAAUGUUGGUAUUAGUUUGUAAUAUAUUUUGCAUGGAAAGAACUGGUUUUAGAGUUAGUAGUAUUUAUGUAGUUUAGAAUAAGUAUUCAAUAAUCUAACAGAGGCUUUUUAGCUAGUCGUUUUAGUUAUGUUUAAUCAGCAUACCUUUUAGUAAUUCGAGGUAUUCUGUUAUGUUUAUUAAAUGUAAUUUACAUAGUUUACGUCUUUAUUAAACCGCAUUUAGAAACAUCGACCAUAUUUCAUAUUAUCUCUUACUUUUCAAUCUUCAACAGGUCAUAUGCUAGCAAGCUAAUGUUCAUUUUGUAAGUUGGUUAAACAACGCUGCAGUUACACGUGGAAGUUACUUACACUGGGUGUAAAUAUUGCAGUGACAAUGAAUCUGUAUGUAAGAACUAGUUUGUGUGGUGCAACCUGUUCUUAAUUUAGUGAUACAUUAAUCUCCACUUAAUAAAGACUGAGUCUACGUGAGCUCAGUUUGAACUUGAGAUCACCUGGUGCAACUGGCUCUCGAACUGAAAAUGUCCCUCUGUUGAAUAAUUUUGUAAUUUUUGCCCAAAUAUUAAGAGUGAGAUAAAGCUUGUGAAUGAAUGUGGUCAGAAGAGGCUGCUGGAUCAUUUCCACAGUAGAACCUGAGCUUUUCUCUCGGAAAUGGCUUAACGAAUGAGGGCCAAUUCCUCCAUUCGCAAUUGCACUCUGGAAUAACUUUUUCUUUUCACUUCCUGUGGCAAAUAUCAAUCAUAUGAAUACUGAUAGGCCUACAUAUAAAAAUAUGAAUUUUGACCUGCUUUAGACUGUUUGACAUUCUUGUGGUGCUAAACUAUCUCAUUUAUCAUUUUACACUGUCAUUCUCUCCAUAGCUGUACCUUUCAUAUAUAGGCGGGAAAAUAGAAAGAAAUACACGCUUACUAGUGCGAAAUAUGCUCCACCAGCCUUGUGGAUUGUCAGGGGUGUUAAAGUUCCAGUAAUUGCUUUCUUGAGCAGAUUCCCAGCAUGGAUUUACUGUAAGUGCAUGAGUUAAACAUACAAUAGGUGCUUCAGUGCUUCCUAUAUCUCUUAACUUCCAGGUAAAGUUAGGUUUUUGGACAUUUUCUGGCACUGAAAUUUAAAAUGUGUGGAAUUGUUAGCUAUAUACAAUAGUAUGUCUUCCAGUGAAGUUUGUUGAGUUGCACAGAUAUAAGCCAUCUUGUGGCUGUUUCAGGUAUUUAAAUGUGUUUCAAGUAUAUUUUGAGACUGGUGGUUAGAUAAGAAGGAGAAAGGAACAGAACAUGUGUUGAUACAUCAUUUUUAAUGUAUUGCAAUAAUGUGACGUUUGUGAAAUUAUUUCACCCAGCGUCAUUUUCUCAACCUCUGAAAGCUUUGUCUAAUGCCCAGUGACAAUCAAAGUCUGUCAAUAAAGACUUCUUGUUGUAUGCCAA